GGAUGGAUUGAUUAAGGUGACCGUGCGUUCCAAAUACACCUACGGUAAAUCGGUGAAGGGCAAGGCAUCGGUAUCGAUUAAGCCGAUCUAUCAUUAUUAUGGCAUGUCCACUGACCCAGAAGCGAAUAAAACAAUUGAUGUUGAUGGCAAAGGACAUGUAGAGUUUGAUUUGGGCACAGAUCUGGGUAUAAGUAGUGAACGCACCUAUGUACCACCAUUGAAAGUGUUGGCCAUUAUGGAGGAAGAACUGACGGGUAAUACCUACAAUGCAACAGCCACGGUGAACUUACACGCUGAACGUUAUCGCAUAGAAGGUGUCAACGUACCAAACAAUUAUCAUCCCGGCAAACCGACACAAAUCACUGUUGUGGUGAAGAAUGUAGAUGGUUCACCGGUGCGUGAUAACAAAAACAAGGCAACAUUAUUUGUUUUCCCACCACGAGACUAUAUAUAUUCCAUGGAUGAUAGCCGGCGAAAUGAUACACAAAAGUCUGAUAUGGAAUUCGAAUCAAAUUUGGAUGAGCACGGCAUGGCCACAUUUGAGUUUACACUGCCCGAUGCUGACCGUUAUUACACCAUCAAAUGCAAUUUCUUAGAUACAACAACAUACCUAAGUUCUCUAUCGAAAUUUAUACCUGCCAUCGAUGGGCCUGAAUUGUUGAAAUUGUCGGUGAAGCCAGAGAAACCACGUCUUGGCAAGCCCGUUACCGUUGAGGUUAAGUCCAGCGAAGCUCUACCAUAUUUUGUCUACGCCAUCGUUGCGCGUGGCAACAUAGUGAAAGCUGAAUAUGUUGAUGUGCCUGAGGGCCGCAAAUCCCAGUCGAUUAAAUUCAUACCCACUUUCGAAAUGGUGCCACAGGCCAAGUUGUAUGUGCAUUAUGUUUUUGAUAACAAUUUGCGUUUUGAAGAGAAGACCAUUGAUUUCGAAAAGGAGUUCGAAAAUACGAUCGAUAUCAGCGCUCAACCGCAAGCGAAACCCGGCGAAGAGGUACAGCUACAGAUCAAAACAGAUCCCGAUUCAUUCGUCGGCUUACUUGGUGUCGAUCAGAGCGUAAUUUUGCUGAAACCAGGCAACGACAUUACCAAGGAUCAAGUAUUCAAUAGUUUAAGCAAUUACGAGGCCAGUACACCAUGGAUGCGGGGAUAUGGCCGCUAUCCCGGUCAACAAGCCGGAGUGGUAACAAUGACCAAUGCCAAUUAUCCCUACAAUGAUGUCAAAUUUCACUCCUAUUUCGCUAGUGGUUGGGGACAAGUUGCUGCUUUUUCCGCUUUGCCUGCGCCUGCUCCUCCAGGUGUUGCUUAUGACGUCGCUAUGAGGCCUACCUCCUUGGCCGAGCCGCAACCCCUCGUUCCACUAAGGGCUGCAGCACCGACUUUGAGAAAGAAUUUUAUUGAAAAUUGGAUUUUUAUGAAUCAAGAAAACACGGAAGGCAAUAACUUCACGCUGACAAAGAAGAUACCCGAUACCAUCACCUCUUGGGUUGUGACCGGCUUUUCAUUGAAUCCGAAAACCGGCAUUGCGUUAACUGCAGAUCCCACAAAGAUACAAGUCUUCCAGCCAUUCUUCGUCUCCACAAAUUUGCCUUAUUCCGUGAAGCGCGGAGAGGUUAUUGCCGUACCUGUUAUCAUCUUCAAUUAUAUGGACAAGGCGUUGGACGCCGAAGUUGUUAUGGAUAAUACAGAUAAGGAGUAUGACUUCACCGAAGCCACCAAUGAGAUUGAGGAGAAUCCUGUGGAUGAAAUUAAACGCGUGAAACGUGUUUCGAUUCCCUCAAAUACUGGUCGCAGUGUCUCCUUUAUGAUACGUCCCAAAAAAGUUGGACAAACCACAUUGAAAAUUACCGCCACAACGCCGUUGGCCGGUGAUGCUAUACACCAGAUGCUCAAAGUUGAGCCGGAGGGUGUAACGCAGUAUGAAAACCACGCUGUUUUCAUAAAUCUCAAAGACAAACCGGAAUAUAGCGAGAAAUUGAGCGUUGACGUGCCAGCCGAAGCUGUACCUGAUUCGGAGUAUAUUGAAUUUUCAGUUGUCGGUGAUUUGCUGGGACCCACGUUGAAGAAUCUCGAUAAACUGGUGCGCAUGCCUUAUGGUUGUGGUGAACAAAAUAUGGUCAAUUUUGUGCCGAAUAUUUUAGUUCUGCGUUAUUUGGAGGCCACUUCAAACGAUGCACCAACUGUCGUGGAGAAAGCAAAGAAAUAUCUCGAAAUUGGUUACCAACGUGAAUUGACGUACAAACACGAUGAUGGUUCUUACAGUGCAUUCGGCAAAUCCGACAGAUCGGGCAGUACUUGGCUCACUGCUUACGUGAUGCGUUCUUUCCACCAAGCAGCGAAAUAUACCGAUAUUGAUCCGAAAGUUAUUGUCGAAGGUUUGGACUUUUUGGCAUCGAAACAAGCGCCAAAUGGCAGUUUCCCCGAAUAUGGCAAACUCUUCGACUCGGCGCAUCAAAAUGAAAUGGGUCUGACAGCGUUCACAUUGCUGGCAUUCCUCGAGAACGUGGAGCAUGCAGCAAAGUACCAAGUGCAAAUCGACAAUGGCCUGAAAUAUUUGCUAGAAAAUAUCGAUCAAACAGAUGAUCAGUAUUCACUCUCAAUAGCCGUACUAGCUCUUCAACUAGCCAAGAAUCCUCAGGGAGCUGCCGACAAACUCCUAGCGAAGCUGCAAGCACUUGCUAAAGAAGAGAACAAUCGCAAGUGGUGGUCCAAAUCGAAUGAAACAACUCAAACUGAUGACAUCUGGCGUUGGCGUCCACGAAGCAACGAUGUAGAGAUCACUUCAUAUAUACUGCUGGCGAUACUCGAUAAAGAAGGUGCCGAAAAUGCUUUGCCCAUCAUCAAGUGGCUAAUCGCGCAACGAAACAGCAAUGGUGGAUUUUCCUCAACACAAGACACAGUGGUAGGCUUGCAAGCGCUCAUAAGUUUUGCUGAGAAAACCGGUUCGGGCAGUGGUGAGAUGGAUAUUGAAUUCGUAUCAAGUGGUGGCGAGGAUAAUAAGGGUAGCAUCAAGGUGAAUCCAGGAAACUCCUUGGUGUUGCAAACACAUGUCCUACCAAAAACAACACGCCAAGUCGAUUUCACCGCCAAGGGUACCGGCUUCUCUAUGGUGCAAUUGUCUUAUCGUUACAAUUUGGCGAACAAAGAUAAGAAGCCAAGUUUCCAGGUGAAAACAAACAUCAAGAGUGAUAAGCCCACUUUGGUUCUCGAAGUGUGCGCCGAAUUUGUGCCAGUCGAAGCUGAUGAGGAGAAGAAAGAAUCCAAUAUGGCUGUGAUGGAGGUAGCACUACCAUCAGGAUAUAUAGCCGACGACGAUAGUUUUGGAGAUAUUGAAGCGGUGGACCGUGUUAAGCGCACCGAAACGAAGAAUUCUGAUUCGACUGUGAUUGUCUACUUCGAUGGCCUGGUACCCGGCGAUGCCAAAUGCAUACCCGUUAAGGCCUCCAAAGCACAUGCGGUGGCCAAGCAAAAGCCCGUGCCUGUGACUGUCUAUGAUUACUAUGAUACUAACCAACGUGCCACCGAAUAUUACCAAGUGCAGACGUCACUCUGUGAUAUUUGUGAGGGUGAUGAUUGCGGUGCGUCAUGUCAAAAAAUGAAGGAAACUCAAAACCAAGCAUAAUCUUCAUACUCGUAUUGAAUUCUUAUUGUAAAUAAUUAUAGAUUGGUUUGCAUAUUCAUAGUUUGGAUAUUUCUAUACAUUUGUAUGUGCUGAAAAGAGAUUUUAUAUAAAUAAAUUUUGUAGGAAAUUUCAUCACAAAAGA